CCGACCACGGCAACGAGGAGCAAUUCCAUCAAGAAAGCUUUCAAACUCUCCAGCUAAUUUCCCACCGUCAUCCAAGCAAAAUGUCGAUCGUCAGGCGGAGCAACAUCUUCGACCCCUUCUCCCUCGACGUCUGGGAUCCUUUCCAGGGCUUCCCCUUCGACGCCUUCCGCUCGCUUACCGAGUCCCGCCCCACUUUCGCGAGCGAGACCUCCGCUUUCGCCAACACCCGCAUCGACUGGAAGGAGACUCCGGAGGCCCAUGUCUUCAAGGCCGACCUCCCGGGAGUGAAGAAAGAGGAGGUGAAGGUGGAGGUGGAGGAGGGCAGGGUCCUCCAGAUCAGCGGCGAGCGCAGCCGGGAGAAAGAGGAGAAGAACGACAAGUGGCACCGUGUCGAGAGGAGCAGCGGCAAAUUCCUCCGGCGCUUCCGGCUGCCGGAGAACACCAAGGUGGAUCAGGUGAAGGCAUCCAUGGAGAACGGGGUGCUAACUGUGACCGUGCCCAAAGAGGAAGUCAAGAAGCCAGAGGUGAAAGCCAUUGAGAUCUCCAGCUGAAUUCGUACCAGUACCAGCCUAAGGUCUAUUACAGAAAGGUGAUCCUUAACGUGUGUUUGUUCCAGUGUUCGUAUGUAUGUGCCUGUCUUGCCGUGUUUCGAACUUCGUGUGAAUCUGGUGGAGCUGUUUACCUUUUUCCAAUGAAAUAAAUAUUGUAUUUCCAGAUUAAGUCA